AUGUCAAACUUCAGCUGGCGUCCGCCAUCUGUUCCCUUUGAGGCGCAGACGCGCGAUGGCUCGCCUUUCACUGUCUGGCAUGUCUGCAUGAUCUGCCAACAGCCACGAUCUGCUCGUUAUCACGCCGAGCACCCUGUUGACACAGGUCUCCUCGCAGUCUCGCCGCCCCAGAGCGUCUGUCGUCGCUGUGCGCCCAUAGUUUCUUCUUCGCCGUUGCCUCUUUCGCUUCCAGCACCACAAAUCUCAACACCACAAACCUCAGCAUCCCAGAUUCCACCACCUCAGAUUCCACCACCUCAGACCUCAGCAUCUCCCAGUCCACCACCACCUCAACCAGAACUGCGCAACAUCCCAUUCCGCUACGUCAAGCCUUUUGCACCAGAACUACAACACAUCGAGCCCGCACCUGAACCUGCUCCAUCUGCUCCACCUGUCGAACCUAGCAUCUCAUCAACUCCAACCAUCGAGAUCAUGCCUUCCCCUGGUCCAUCAUACGAUGAGUACCUCGUCGUCAAGAGGGAGAAUACGCGCAGAUGGCCCGACGCUCCAGCCAGAGACAUCUAUCCUCCAUCAGCUCGAAACUAUCCACCACCUUCCAGGGACCAUCCUGCACCUGCAAGAGAUCCUUACUCUGCUCCUCGUCAAAAUCACUCAGAAUCCUUCAUAGAGUACUAUGCGCCUGUUCGAGACAAUCUUGUGCCUUUCAGAGAUUAUCCUGCACCAGUCAGAGACUAUCCCGCACCAUUCCAAGACAUCUCAUCAACAAUCAGAGAUCGUCCACCACCAACCAAGCAGUAUUCGCUUCCUCCCAGAGAACGACCUGCACCUCUUGCCAACGCCAAGCCCAUCAAACGUCGUGUCUCUUUCUCGGGCGAGGAUGAAGUGGCUACUCUUCCGCCAGACUUGCCUUUUGAGCGUGAUGAUCGUUCCAUGCAAGGUCUCUCUCGCAUUCGCUCACGGCCUCCAGAUCUCACUGGUAUGCCGAGUGUCCACGACGACUACGAGUACGAGAAGCACCGCAAUCGCACCUAUAUCGACCCUGCCGAAAGACCUUAUGUUCCAGAGCCCAAAUGGACCNCCCUCAGCGAAUCUCCUGCCCGCGAACUUUCUCUGGUAGAAGAGUCGUACGCUCAUGGUCCCUACAGAGCAGAGAAUUCACCUACACCAAGCAUGCAAGUUCACGUUGACAAGGACGACUUUGUCCUCGAGAAGGGCAGUGAGCCUCGCAAAGCUCCACGACAGUAUGAACCUCAGCCAGCCCCGCAGGACAGUCGUAAGUGGACAAGAUACGUCACGGUUAAGGAAUACAGAGAUGAGAAGGGACCGUUCGUCGAAGUGGAGGAGAAGUUUGUCUUUGACGAUGAGCGUUGA